AUGCGUCUCCAGCUCUUUUCUAGAAUUUCCGGGAGGCAAUGGCGUGUUUACAACAGUCUUACAACGUUCCCGAGACACAGCGUACCAACCCGGAACUUCAGUGCUUCUGCCAGAGCACUGGCCAUAAAGCCGUUUCUGUUGGCAGAUAUUGGAGAGGGAAUUCGAGAAUGUGAGGUUAUACAAUGGUUUGUUGCGCCAGAAGCUCGAGUUGAGGAGUGGGAUAAGUUAUGUGAAGUCCAGAGCGACAAAGCUUCUGUUGAGAUCACCAGUCGGUUUGCAGGGGUCAUCAAGAAGCUGCAUUACGAAGCUGGUGACAUGGCAAAAGUGGGAAAGCCUCUGGUCGAUAUCGAUAUACAAGGCGAGAUCAAAGAGGAAGAUCUAGAGGCUUUGACGGAACCUGGGACUGGAGAGGAAUCUCAGACGCAAACCGAAAAGUCACCCCAUACACCAGCCAACGAGUCGAAAUCCAUUCCAGAUGUUUCAUCACCGGCAGAGAAAACGAGUCCACCAAAAGGGAAACAUGCAUCGUUAGCAACUCCUGCUGUUAGACAUCUGACUAAAGAUUUAGAUGUCAAGAUUGAAGAUGUCAAUGGUACAGGUAGAGAUGGGCGAGUCCUGAAAGAAGAUGUCUAUCAGUUUGCAAAGGACAGAGAUAGUGCUCCUACUUCUCGUUCAAGCAGUCAACCAUCCCCUCCUCCAGCAUCGAGUAGCGGUCCUCAAACAGAAACCAUAACUCAACUCUCCAAUACCCAACAUCAAAUGUUCAAGACCAUGACUAAGUCUCUGAACAUACCGCAUUUCCUGUAUGCAGAUGAGAUAGACUUCUCUGGCUUAUCAGAGCUGCGAGCUAGACUAAACAGGGGCCUGGUGAAAUCCCCAGUCAAUGAAGUUAGCAAGCUAUCCUUCCUCCCCUUCAUCAUCAAGGCGGUUUCGAUGUCUCUCGACCGCUAUCCAACACUCAACGCGAGGGUUGACGUUGACCCGAGCUCGUCAAAGCCCGCGCUGGUCAUGCGGAGCCAGCACAACAUCGGCGUAGCCAUGGACACACCCAAUGGGCUCAUCGUCCCUGUGAUCAAGAAUGUAUCCAGUCUCAAUAUCAUCUCCAUUGCCGCAGAGUUGAACCGGCUCCAAUCGCUCGCGCAAGCAGGCAAGCUCUCCACCCAAGACCUGAGUGGUGGUACGAUUACGGUGUCGAACAUUGGCAGCAUUGGAGGCACUUAUGUCUCGCCAGUCAUCGUCGAAAAGGAGGUUGCCAUCCUAGGCGUUGGCAAGACGAGGACCAUUCCAGCUUUUGAUGCGACAGGUCAGCUGGUCCAGAAACAGGUGUGCAAUUUCAGUUGGAGCGCAGAUCACCGCGUUAUUGAUGGAGCGACAAUGGCCCGCGCUGCAGAGGUGGUUCGCAGCUUCGUCGAGGAUCCAGAUUCGAUGGUCAUCCACCUGCGAUGA